AUACCUUUUAGCUGAAUUUAAUUAAAAAUAAAAUACGGAGCUACUCUCUCUCACAUACCUACUACUCAUACGUUUACUCGUGCAACAACGAAAAUACGACUAUCUCAAAAGCAACAAAGUCGCUUUGAAGAACUAUUUAUAGUUAUUAAAGAAAAUCAAAAACAAAAACAAAAACCACAAAAUGGUGCUGGUAUUGAAUGGCGUUUUGCAGGACGAUUGUCCUAUGGAUACAAACAGUCUAUUCCUGCAACACCCCGUAUACAGAGAUUAUGCCCAACAACUACUCUCCAUACCGACAAAAUCCGUUGGUCCCGUGGGACUACUCUAUGUGGGCCAACGUGAAAUGGCCGCUGCUGCGCCGCACGACAAGAACAUCAACAUUAUUGGCGCCGAUGAUGCCACAACGUGCAUCAUAGUUAUGGUCAGGCAUUCAGGUUCAGGCGCUGUAGCUUUGGCCCACUUUGAUGGCACCGGUGUGGAUGAAGCUGUUUGCACAAUGGUCGCACGCGUUCAAGAGUUGGCCUUAGGUUAUCCGGAAGGACGUAUUGAGUUACAAUUAAUUGGUGGCUACCGAGAUCCGCAAGGAUAUGGCGAAGACGUUUUCUAUAGCAUAAUGCAAUCAUUCCACAAACAUCAUCUCGAGAUCGAUCUAACUCAAGCCUGCGUCGGUGAGCUGAAUACUAUACUGCGCGGCGACAUAAACUACCCGAUAAUUUAUGGGGUUGGCGUCAAUAUAAAAACCGGGGAAAUAUUCCCAGCAACAUUCCCAGACCGAGGACCGGAUAGGCAAUUGCGUGAUGCACGAAAUUUUAUGGGUGCACAAACGGUACUGGACAUAUACGACUCAUCGCUGGGCAUGUUACGCAUCGGCCCCUUUAACUAUGAUCCGUUACGUGGCGCUGAUUUGUGGCUCUCGCAAACAGAUGAAUUCUUAUUGCAACAUUUGUCGACGAGUCCAGAUGUCGAGCCGCCGCAUUUCACUAUGCAGAUACGCGCCACUAUAAAAUUCAUACAGGAUAAUCAAUUUCCCGCAAUUACGGUUUUCCGGGACAAUCGACCACGCUACUUUCGGCGCGAUGAGACUACGGGCUGUUGGACUUUGGUUAGAUAUUAAUUACAAAUACAAUACGUGCUCGCAUAUUUGCGUAUUUGCUUAAAGCGAAAUACACUUAGUGUUAUUAUAAGCUGCGUUUUAUUUUACAUGUUUUUUUUUUUUUUUUGAACUGUUGCUGCAUUGACUUUGUAUCAGCUCCACUUUUGUACUCAUACAUAUGUAAAUUUCAAGUGUUUAUUUUUUAUGCCUGUUUUCUUUUAUGGCUUAACAUUUUUUUUUCUUUACUUGUGUGCUUAAUCCAGUUAAUUUAGUGUAGAAUCAUGUACCGAUUUUUUUCUUUUUGUUGCAUGUAGAUUCUUAUUGGUUUAUUUGAAUUAUAUCGUUGGAAAAAGGCAGCUACCGGAGUAUAUAUAUGCCCACCCAUGCAUAAAUAAAGAUUGUAUGUUUUUGAAAAUGAGAGCUUAUCAUAUGAAAAUCAUAUAUGAUCAUUAUAUGAAAAUCAAACAAAUUUUUCUAAAUAUGAUACUACCGAAAUCAAUUACGAAUGCGUGAAUGUGCAUAACUGUGUGAUUUAGAUAAACCUUAACACUUU